GGACUUAAUUUGAUAAAUCAUGAGAACCGCGUGGAGUCAAGGGCGUCCGCAGCGACGGAGGAGGGGACCUCGAGAGAUAAUGCUUGGCACGCGGCGAUUCCCUUUUGAUUUUCGCACUAGGCACGAUGAACGAGCUCGUGUCGGCCGAUGAGGUGCGGGCUGUGGCCGAGAAAAUGCUGGGUGCCGACGCCGAACUCAUCGACUACGUGGUGGGAAAGGGCACAGCCACCGUGCAGGGCUUCAUGUCCGACAUCCUCAGGGUCAGCUUCAGGGUGAAGGUCGGCAGGAAAAUCGUCGAGUCAAAGUUUGUGGUCAAGAGGCAGCCGAAUCUGGAGUCGCAGCAGAAACUGGCCGCCGAGUUUGGCAUUUUCGAGCAUGAGAUUGCCUUCUUCGAAAAGUGCUCGCCGCUGCUGUUAGAGCAGUGCCCUGAACUGCCCACCGUCAGGUGCUACCGGACCGACCGGCACAGGCAGAUCAUUUACAUGGAGGACCUCAAGGAGGCCGGCUUCUGCACAGUCGUCGGCAACGUUGUCCAACUCAAGGACAAUAUCUUAGGAAUGGAGCACGCCAGGAAGGUCAUGCAGACGCAGGCCGUCUUCCACAGCGCCUCUGUUGGAAUCGACUUUUACAAAAGGUUCCCGGAGCUCUUUGAGGAAGACACGUUUUUCGAGAGGAACGGCGGAAGCGUGAUGCGGAACUGCGUGAAGCAGGCGGUGCAGAAGACGCUUCUGCCGAUCGCGCUGCACCACUUUAAGGAGGAGCGCUUCAUCAAGAGUGUCGAGUGGGUGGCUAGUGACGACUUCUACGAGGCGGUCGUGGCCGCCUGCAAGCCAACUGCGGACAGGAUCAACGUUCUGUGCCACGGCGACAGCUGGGCCAACAACAUGAUGUUCCAAAUCGACCCGAAAGACGGAAACAUUCUGCAAAUCAAACUGAUCGACUUCCAGCUCGUCAGGUACACGGCUGGAAACCGAGACCUGCUGUACUUCCUCUACAUGUGUUUCUCUACCGAGUUCCGCGAGCAGAACAAGAAAGAGCUGCUGGCGCUGUACUGGGAUACGUUUUCGAGCGAGUGUGCUAAGCGGGGCAUCGCGCUGAACUCUAGCCUCGAGAAAUUCUGCGCCGACUUUGAGGCAGACCGCAUUUUCGGACUCAUGAUGUCGGCCGUUUUCCGGCCGACCAUAUUCAUGGACGAAAAUUUCCCGCAGGGUGACGAGGCGCUCACGGACGAGCAGAUGAAUGGCAUCAUGGACGGAGGGGCGACCGGACCUGAAAAGGCCCUGGAAGAAUUUGAAAACAAUCCAGCCUACCGACGAGAGUUGAUUUCUAUUAUUUCAGAACUUGCAGAAUAUUAUCACGAGGUUUAUCUUAAAUAAUGGUGCUAAUUUUAAUUUGUUAUUUAGCUUGAAUGAUAAUUAAACUACACUGAAGAGC